GGAGUCGUCGCGUCCGCUAUGGCGGCGGGAGGCGGCCCGUGGCGGCAGGUGCGGCCGCGGGCGGGAGCGGCGGGGUCUCCCCGCGGGGCCGGCUGAGGGAACCGCUCGCUCCGCGCUCCGCAGCCGGCCCCCUCCCGCGGGCGCCGCUCCUUGCCCCGCGGCACGGCCCGGAGGGGCCAGAGGUUGCGGCCGGCCGCCCCGGGGAGCAGGAGCGGGGCGGCCGCUUCCUCCGGAGCCCUUGCCGGGGCGGCACGGCACGGCGGGUGGUGGGAACGCUGCCUCGUUGCUCUGCAUCAAGCUCGGAUGUGUCUUGUGCACAGGUUUCCGCGGGCAAAGCGCACGUUUGGGGGCUGGGUUAGGUGUUACAAGAGUUAGUAGAACUUCCUAACUAAAGUUAUGGAGGCAGUCUGUGUAACUUGAAGCAUUCUAAGCCUAUAUAUGCCUGUUUAAGCCUGUAUGAUCUUGUGCAAGCACAAGCAGAUAAUAGGAAAUUAGCUUAAUCUUCCAAGAUGUUAAUGCCAACAUAGGACAUGGCAUCAGUGGUUUUUACAUAAGGAGUAUUAGGGGUGCUCAUAGCUGGUGAGACCUGGAUGACUUUAACUAAAUCAUUCAUAUAAUGCUUAAUGAUUUCUGUGUGUGACCUGAGCUUUUAAUCUCAGUUUUUAAAGACAAAUUCUGUUUUCAGAUCAAUGAUUAAUCAGCGUUUAACAUACCCUUCACAAAAUGUCAGGUUUUGUAGAGCAUAAGGAAAUAAAUGUCCUCUUUAUUCUUUUGUUCAUAAGAGGUAAUUCAUUUGUUUGUGCCUGAGGAGAGAGAGACAAUUCAGCCUUGAACAUUGGGUAAUGAGGAUGAUUUCUUAUUUUCUGGAAGAAUAAAGAGCGUCAAAGACAGGAGACAUUAAGUGCCUAAUUAGUGGAGGCAUAUAAAAUGAGCUGAAUUUUCUCCAGGAAAAGACAGAUACUCCUUUCACCGCAGGUCGAAUAUCCUGAUGCCCAACUUGCUGUCUUAUUGGAGCACGGUGGAGCUUGCAUGAUGACAUCUUCCCUGAGGUCUUCUCAGAAACUGUCAUGAGAUUAUCUUGCUGAGCAAAACUGUUACUUGAUGCCUGCUAACAGAAGAGUAUUGAAUCACUUUGUGUCACCACUUCAUAGGGGACUUUGGGUACUGUAGAUGUUCCUCUCAGCAGCACAUCAUGCUAGAUGUAACAGAGGAGAUGGAUAGCCCCACAUUUAAAAGUGACACUGUACUUUCUGAUGUUCACUUACACUGUCCAAAUAAAAGACAUCUCAUGGUACGAUUGAAUGCAGUGGGACAACCAGUAUUCCUGUCAUAUUUCAAACUCCUUUGGAACACAGAAGAUUCAUCAUCUGAGAAACGUGUGAGAGAAGCUACAACAGAAAGAGAACUCCAGUACCAAAGUGGAGAUGAACUGUGUGACAAGGACAGGAAUAAUCUAAAAAAGGAAAGAGAAUUGCUAAAUAAUGAAGGAGUAGAAGCUCUGCUAGAUGAGGACGGAGACUUGGAAGUGGUCAGAAGACCUCAAAGUGCCUCUGAUUUAGAAGCAGAGGAUCUUUUGAGGGAUAGAGUGUAUCCUGUCAUUCUGAUGAAAGGGAAAGAAGAUGCUUUUGAAGAUGAAGAAGAAUGCACUAGCAGUGAUGUUGUUAAAAUAGAACAUACUAUGGCAACCCCCUUAGAAGAUGUUGGUAAACAAGUCUGGCGUGCAGCCUUUCUUCUUGCUGAUUACAUUCUGUUUAAACGGGACACGUUCAGGUGUUGCUCAGUCCUAGAGCUUGGAGGUGGCACUGGAAUUACAAGCAUUAUUAUGGGAACAGUUGCCAAGAGAGUUUAUUGCACAGACGUUGGUGAAGAUCUUCUGGCCAUGUGCGAGCAAAAUGUUACAUUAAACAAACACCUGAUGGAGCCAGGAAGAGGGGAAGUUAAAGUGAAAGAACUGGACUGGCUGAAAGAUGAAUUCUGCACUGAUCCUGAAGCUCCUUACAGCUGGUCUGAAGAAGAGAUUGCUGAUUUACAUGACCACUGUACUGUGAUAAUAGCAGCUGAUGUGUUCUAUGAUGAUGACCUGACAGAUGCCUUGUUCAGAACGCUGUAUAGAAUCACACACAACUUGAGAAAUUCUUGCACAGUUUACCUAGCAUUAGAAAAGAGGCUGAACUUCACUUUAAGACAUAUGGAUGUUACAUGUGAAGCCUACAGUCAUUUUAGAAAUACUCUAAAUGAUUUGGAGAGCCUCCAAGAUAGAAAAAUUAAAUAUGUUGUGGAGCCCAUUAAGCUUGAUUUCUGCCAGUUUCUUGUUUAUGAACGAAUGGAGCAGUUGGAAUUGUGGAAGAUCAUUGCUGAACAGCUAACAUGACAGGGACAUGAGAAAAUGGAAGAUCUUUAUCUAAGGAUAAAGGGGUUUUUUUGAUGUUUUAUUAAAAAAGGAUUUUCAUCCCAAGAAAAGCAUUUUCCUGGUGGGACUGUGCUCUCAGAAAGUGUUGUUGCACAGAUUUGCUUUACUUCAGUAAGUUCGGGUUUUGGCACUUAGAAUAUGGUUUCUUUGACAUUUCUUCUAUAAAACUGGUGUUGAUCUUCAAAGUACGUGCUGGAUGCCAAACAGUGGCAGUGACACAGUGACUUGCUCUUUGGGAUCGAUGACAUAAGCUUUAGAUUGUCAGAAAGGGGCACUUGACCUUUUCCAUGUGGCUGAUUUGCAGAUGUUGUGCAUUUUCCUUUUUAGUUUUCUGAACAUGGACACUGCUGUUGGUCUCUUCCAGGUUCCACAUUGUUUUGUAUUUAUGGAGAUUUGUGAAACAGUGGUCUGGGCAAGACCUGUUUGUCUUUCAUGGACUUUUCUUUAAGCAAUCUCUUUAUGAAACUUAGUCCUUAAUUUUCAGUUUGUCCUGUCUAAAUCAUUCUAGUUCAGGGCUACUCUCUGAACUGAAAGGACACAAGAUGCAUUUUGUUUGAGCCUCUAAAAAUACUCCACAGAGGUCUUGGAGGUACAUUGUCCUGCUGGAACUUUAAGCUAUUCCCACCCAGGAUAAGGGUGGGAAGGUACAUUGUGGAGAGAUACGCUAACACUCUUUACAUGUUUGGAAUCCUACCUUCAAUGUAAAUGUGUGAGGCUGGGGAGAAGGAGGCGACCAGCGAUAUCUUGCCCAUGUGAAUGGGGCCUUCAGUACCUUAGCUUUUGGAUUAAAGUACAACAUAUUGGUCACAUCUCUCCUGUGUUAUUAAUAAAACCAAAAUCUGCUUGUACUUUUAAUAAAUCUUGUGUGUACUGUUAUGUUUGUAUCACUUGCCAUAUGUACACUGUCACGGAAGCUCUUGUGCGAGCUGCUGGAUUCUUUAACGUUAUGCGAGUAUCGGUGAUGAAGCUGUUCCGGCUCGUGACUUGUGAUUUCUAAUGCACACAUUGCGUUAGAAGCAUCUGGUAUACUUCUUGAAAAUCUGUUUUACAUUUGGUUUAGUUCCAUUGGUUUAGGUGAGUUAUUUCAUAAACUGCUUAUAUCUGUGAAGACAUACUUUCUUCAUGUUCUUUGAUGAGAUGAAAGGUUAUUAGGUGAUGAUGGCCUUUUCGUGUUGAGUAUAGUCAAAGUAAAAAUUACCUUAUCUUAGCAGAUAACUACCUAGAUAGACAGAACUUCUCUCAGAACCCUCAUUUGAACUUCGAAGAUAUAAAACUAUAUUUUAAUCCAGAGAAUCCCAAACUAUUGUUUGGUUUGUGAUGUUACUGACUUUGGUAGGUUAACUGAAAACAACUGGUUUUGAAUGUAGCUGCUAUUUAAGUAGUAAUUUUUUGAAGGCUGUAGCAAGAAACUAAUUUGAACUGAUGUGAAAUAGUGUGUGCAGUUAGGGAAGAUUUUUACUUGUGCAGGACUUCUGAAAGUCUUUGGAAUUUGUGAACAGAAACUGAUCCAGUUAAAGGGAUACUGUAGAUCUUUUAAGCAUGGAAUUCAGCCAUUUUACGAGAGCUGACUUACAUUAACGUCUGAAAAAUAUUUUCAUACUUCUAUCUUCAGUUGAGUAAACAUUGUGGCUGCUUGGGGAGCAAGUUGAAGUAGAAUUUCCUCCUAAAGGAACAAAGUUAAUCUUUCUUUGAUUAAAAGUUGAGGGGAUUAAAAGUUCUUUGGUUGAAAGUUGAGGGGAAACAACAGCUUUGAGGAUUCAGUGACUGACGCCAAAUCACAAAUUUGGAUAUGACCCUUUUCACUGAUGAUAAGCAAUAGCUGAAAGUAGGCAACAGUUCUAAGAACUCAAGAACCACAAGAAUCUCACAAUGCGUUAGCAUUGUGGUGUUAAUGAGAGAUAAUGUAGCCUGUCUUGCCAGAGAAUUGUCCACUACUGCGUAAGGAUAUGAAGUAUGGAUAUGACCUUCUUAAUUUUGACUUUAAUCAUACUUUAAACAUGCCGUACAUGACAGUUGUUUUCAGAAAUCAUCAUGUGAAUUUACACCUUUAGCAGUUCAUUGUUGAUUAAGAUGUACAGGCGGGGAAUUGUUUAGUCUUGAGCAUACAGAUAAUGAUUGGAAAUCAAGUUAGUGCCUAAAAUGAUAAUGCCUCGAGCACAUUAUCUGUGUUUAUGUAAUCAAGAAGGAUUUUUUCCAAAUAAAGCAUGGAUUAAAACAUAG